UGCUUUUUAGGGUCAACUUGAAGACUACUUAAUUGGAUGUUUUCUUAUUUAAAAAAAUGAAACCAUUUUCGAGAUCUAAGAUUUUGAUAUUCUUUAUUGCGAUGUCCACUUUUCUGGUUAUUUUGAGUAUAAACAGGACCAGUAGGACAAAGAAAUCGCUGAAUGCAGGCUGGACGGGUCUCACUGUGGACAGGCCAACGGGUGUUGUGCACUGAACCAAGAAGCUCUUAGAGAUUCAUGUUGUCAAGGAAUGAUAAAAAGAACAUUGUUUUGGAUACGGUUACAAUGAAAGUCACGCAAAUAAUACAGAGAUUUUGGUCACCAACGGAUUGUGGCUGUUGCACAUAAACCGGUUGUGAAGUAUUCCUCCGUGUCCUUUCCAGAAGCUGCAAGCAGAAUGCAGGAAAGGAGACGCCAUCUACAAAAAGUCUGUACUACGCUGAAACCCAAAGACAAAGGGUACGAGGGGUGUUAUAUGCCAGGAGAGAAUCUCUAUUAUGUUCCAUCCAGGAACAUUGUUUUCUGUGGUAUUGAGAAGGCAGGAAGCACGUUCUGGAGACGCCUUUUACAAAUAGUUGGUGGAGGUAGUACAAGUGAGUCCAACCCGUCACUGAUUGAGAUAGGCAUCGCCUACCUGGAGAGAGGCUAUGUCUCAUUGGCUAAAGCGUCUGUCGAUGAGAUUCAAACCAUAUUCAGAAACUCUACAAGCAUUGUGUUUGUGCGGGAUCCCUACGCAAGAUUAUUUUCAGGUUGGCUGGAUAAACUGUAUAAUCCAAAUGUUUAUUACUGGCAAACCAUUGGCAGAACGAUAAAACAAUAUCCUAGUGAAACAUCAUGUGGUUUUGAUGUGCACUUUCCAGAAUUUGUUGAUCAUAUUUCAACCCUUGUUUUAAAUGGUCACUGUUUGGACACCCAUUUUUCACCAAACUAUCAACAUUGUGAUCCGUGCAUGUAUGAUUUUGAUUUUGUUGGGUUUUAUGAAACGUUUAAAGAAGAUACUAUGUACAUCAUAGACGCCCUGAACCUAACAAAGGAAGUGACGUUAAAUGACUUCGAUCGGGACGCAGCGAGGGAUGCAAUUAAUGACGCUGUGGACUGGGUCUUCUAUUCGAAACCGUAUAUUCACCAGUGUAGAGUGACUUUCUACUGCGCGUUAUUUAAGGUUUGGAAUAGAUUACAGAGUCGAGGGUACAUUGAUUCACCUUUCCCGUACCUCACUUUUGGUGAGGCUCAGAAUGCAACUGCAAUGGACUUUAAACAAAAGCUACUACAGUCCAGUUUAACGAUGACGGCAAAAAGAACGAAGAAAAUUCGCCACCAAGCGUACCAACAAGCGAUAGGAGGACUCACUAAAACACAGAAAGCAAAAGUUGAAAAGGCAUUUAGAAAAGAUUUUCUCUUAUUUAAAUAUAGAAGUGGCAUUAAUAGUGUUUCUGCACGAUAUGAUAUGCACGGCCAUGAGUAUUUUCAGGACUGCCCAUCUAUGGAAAAUUAAAAGAUAAAACAUG